AUGGGAAUUGCGCUUUGGUUUGUACCGCAUGCCAACUCUACUGAAUACGAAACGUUGCAGUCAUUGAUUUUGUCCCUGCAAACGCUUUUCCCAGACGCUCCAACGUUUGAGCCACAUUUGACAAUCACUUCUCAAUUGAAAUGCAAUUCCGGGGCUGAGGUACAGCAAGUGCUCACAACCUGCUUAGCAGCAGUGGGGGCCAUCAAACCGAGUGUAAAGCAAAAAGAAGAGAGUAUAGUAUCGUUCUCUGGGGCUGGUAUGGGAAAAGGAUACUUCACGAAAGUGCGGCUGAUAUGCACAGAAAAUAAGUACUUAAUGGGCAUAGCACAAGUAAUCAGAGAGCUUUUCGUAGCAGAAACGCCUGAGGAGGCUUCAAAUUGGCUUCUGCAGGAGUUUCGCCCCCAUGUUUCUCUAGUUUACUCCGAGAUGUACCAUGUCAAUCAGGCCCUUGAAAGAAUCGUUGCACAAAGAAUUGAGGACGCACUGGACUUGUCACUGCACGAAAACGCUGUCCCAGGAAAUCAGAAUCAGCGCUCGUGGUCUUUUGGUCGCCAAGUACCCGGUUGGAGCCUGCCUGGAACUUUUAAAGUCGUCAGGUGUGAAGGCCCGGUUGGAGAAUGGCAAGUUCUCGGAAGUGUUGAGGUUUAA